AAGCUUUGGCCGAAAGGUAAAUACGAAAGCAAAGUAGGAGAACCAAAGCUUGUUCUUCGUUGGGAGAAGGAGCUAGAAGGCAGAACAAAACAUGAACUGAGAGGACAUUUACAGCUGUCUGACACUCUGUAAGCUGAGGUGUGUGUGUUGACAGGGAAGCAGACAUGGUAGAAGUGUUUACCGGCAGGACACUUCUGAAUAAAGACGGGGAUUUUGUCGACCCCGAAGAGGCUUUAAGGAAUAAAGUGGUGGGGAUCUACUUUUCUGCGGGAUGGUGUCCACCGUGCAGAGAUUUCACACCCAUCCUGUGUGAUUUUUACACCGAGCUGGUGGAAGAGAGUGAACCUCCAGCCCAAUUUGAAAUAGUUUUCAUCUCUUCUGACAAGUCAACAGAUGACAUGGUUGAAUAUUACCAUGACAUGCACGGAGACUGGCUAGCUCUGCCCUGGACGGAUGACUACAAACAUGAAUUAAAGCAGCGUUAUAAGAUCACAGCGGUGCCCAAGCUGGUGAUCGUGAAGGAGAAUGGUGACGUGAUCACCGACAAGGGCAGGAAACAGAUCCGAGACCGAGGCCUGGCCUGUUUCAGGUCCUGGUUAGACGCUGCAGAGAUCUUUCAAAACUUCAAGGGUUAAGAAACCGCUUGGACUAGUUGGAUACAACAACGGUUGUACGGCUGGUGUGGACAUGAAUAAUAAACAGGAACAGCUCCAAAGCAAAAUCAAAUAAAUCUCUUAAUACAUUCACUUCAUUUUCUCUUAAACACAUCCUAUGCAUUUAAAAGAGACCUCAGGCAAUUAUUUCACUUGUGAAAAAUGCUCUGCUUUAAAAAAGUAAAAUCAAGUAUGUUUAGAGUCCAUAAUACUCAUCGGUUUCAGUAGUUUUUGGUUGUUCUAAAAUAUACAUCAGUUGGUGUUAUUUAUGAGGCGGUAAAUGAACUUGACCUACAAGUAGAUAAUCCUCUCUGCAGAGAGUUUGCCUUUGUAUGUUUCCAAAGUUUAACCUGUAGUUUUACUGUAUAUUUUGAGCUGCCUACAUAUUUUAUAUUGCGUUUUUUAUGAGUUGUAAAGAGAUUGUUAUUAGAAAAAAUAUAUCCUGUGCUUUUGGACACAGA